AUGUUGACGGGGCGUUCGGAAAGGGACGGACGGGUCUCAUGCUCAGAACCUGUCUUCGCCUUAUCGAAGUUUGGAAAACCUGUCAUUGUAAUAGGACAGUAUCGUUACAAUAAGUACAGUCGUGCAAAAGGACCUAAAGCGCAAUGGAUACAACCAGCGGACCGGUUGCAGGUGGCCCCGCCUGCUGUGGACGUGUUGCAAGAAGACCACGACCACAUG